AUGUACCUCGUCGUGUUUGAUGCUGUUGCUAAUGUGGCUGUUACUCUUAUUGCCAGAGUUGUUAGUGAUGGGAUCGUCAUUUUGAUGAUAUUUUUAGUAAAAGUUUUAUCAGCUACGCGAGAAGUGCAAAAACACAAAGACAAGAUAGGUCCCCUUCGAACUGAGAAUAGUGUCGUUACUAAUGACCACCAAAAAAUGUCGGAUAUACUUAACUCUUAUUUAUAUUCUGUAUUUACAAGGAAGAUUUUAACAUCUCUGCCGAAACCCAACAUAACUUCAUUAGAAAUGACCAGAUUGUCUGAGUUGAUGCGACUGCUACGAAGUAACAGAGAGUCGAUGAAAGACUGA